GAAAUCAUUUCCGGACGGCUAACUUUCAAUUCUCAUAACGUUAUAGAUUGCUGCACUUUUGCCUGUUAUUUUACCUUGCUUUCAUAUUAGUCAAUCGUUAAAGUGUCAUGGUAACGAGCAUGGACGGUGAGCAAGAUUGGGAAGACGUAAAACCGCGUAAAAAGCGCCAGGAUGAUAUAAUAAACGGCAGCGAGGAAGAGCCAGACUUUAGCGAUCCCGAAGAUUUUGAAGAGGAUGUUUCGGAUUCGGAGUUUUUGGCCGAUGUGCUCGAAAAAAAGCCGAAAGAAGCUGACGGUAUAGACGCAGUGAUUGUUGUUGACAAUGUUCCCGUAGUGGGAGAAGAAAGACUUGGAAAGUUGAAGAUAGUUAUUACAAAAAUAUUUUCAAAGUUUGGAAAGAUUCACAGUGACUAUUAUCCAGAGUUCGAAGGAAAAACAAAAGGAUACAUUUUCAUUGAAUAUGAACAAGACAAAUCAGCCAAGGAUGCGGUCAAAGGAGCAGACGGAUACAAACUUGAUAAAUCGCACGCUUUUAGAGUGAAUUUGUUCAGUGACUUUGAAAAGUACAAAAAUGUAACUGAAAAUUGGACCCCGCCAGAAAAACAACCAUUGAAGGACGUGGGAAAUCUUUACUACUUUCUUGAAGAUGAAGAUUGUAACAAUCAAUUUAGUGUAAUAUAUGAGGGGGGUGUGAAGACAGGUAUCUUUCUGAACACAGCAGCUGAACCAAGCCUUUUAGAACAACGAGAACGUUGGACAGAAACUUACACGCGUUGGUCACCAAAAGGGGCGUACCUCGCUACUUUCCAUGCUAAAGGUAUCGCGUUGUGGGGUGGUGAAAAGUUUCGCCAAAUCCAACGUUUUACCCAUCCAGGGGUUCAACUCAUUGAUUUUUCUCCAUGUGAAAGGUAUUUAGUUACCUUCAGUCCAAUGCAAGACCCCAGCAGAGGGGAUGAUAUCCAAGCCAUUACUGUGUGGGAAAUAUUUACCGGGUUGAAAAAGAGAAGUUUCCACGCUGACAUGUCUGGUGAGGACAGACAGUGGCCAAUUUUCAAAUUUGUAUCUUAUGAUGGAAAGUAUUUUGCAAGGAAAGCAAAAGGAGUUCUGAGUGUAUAUGAAACACCGUCAAUGGGCUUAGUGGAUAAAAAGAGCAUUGCUAUUGAUGGAAUCAGCGAGUUCUUCUGGUCUCCUGCUGACAACAUGUUGGCGUUUUGGAUUCCUGAAAACAACCAGAUACCGGCCAGAGUGACCAUUCUUGCAAUUCCUUCCAAGAAAGAAGUCCGCGUGAAAAACUUAUUCAAUGUUUCUGAUAUUCGCCUCAACUGGCACAAACAAGGAAAGUUCCUUUGUGUGAAGGUGGACAGAUACAACAAAGCCAAAAAGGCCAAUAUUUCCAAUUUUGAAAUCUUUCAUAUAAUGGAGAAGCAAGUGCCAGUCGACAUAGUUGAACUCAAAGAACAGGUAAUUGCUUUUGCAUGGGAACCUACUGGUAACAAAUUCUGCUGUCUGCACGGAGAAGCACCUAGAAUAUCAGCAAUGUUCUUUGAAAUUAAAGGAGGGAAAAUAGAACAUCUCGGAACUAUGGAAAAGAAACAAGCUACACAUAUAUUCUGGUCACCUGCUGGACAAUUUGUGCUUCUGGUUGGAUUGAACAGUUCAAGUCAACUGGAGUUCAUCGACACUGCCGACAUGACAGUAAUGAACAGUGGUGAGCAUCAUAUGGUAUCGGAUGUAGAGUGGGAUCCUACUGGAAGAUAUCUUGUCUCCAUUGUUAGCUGGUGGGAACAUAAGAUUGACAAUGCUUACUGGGUGUGGUCAUUCCAAGGAAGGCUUAUGAGGAAAUAUCCCAUGGAACAAUUAUGCCAACUACUGUGGAGACCAAAACCAAAAUCCAUUCUCUCUGCUGAUCAUAUUAAGAAAAUCCGUAAGAAUCACAAGUCCUUUAGCAAGAUCUUUGAAGCAAAGGACAGACUUCUUCAGAGCCGUGUUUCCAAAGAAAUUAUCGACAAACGUAGAUCGUUGAUGGAAGAGUUUACCAACUACAGAAAACAUUGCAAUGAAGUUUAUCAGCACACAACUCCAUAUAGAAGAGAACUAAGAAAUGGUGUUAUGACUGAUGAAGUUGACUACCAGGCUGAAGAUCUAGAUGAAGUGACUGUUGAAAUUUUAAUUGAGGAAGAAGAAACUAUUUUGAACGAUAAGGAGUAAUCCUUAAAAGGUUCAACGUGGACAACAGUACAAAACGCACCAGCAAUACUCGUCAGCUGGUGCUCUGUGUUGUAGAACUGCUUAUAUUUUUCCGGUGAAUAAUCUGUGUAUAUAAUUUUUGCUGCGGAGUUGGAUGGAGCGCCAGAACCGCCAGAUCAGUUUUUCUGAAAUAUUGAAUUGGAACAGGACAAUUAGGUGCUAGUUGCGGCGUUUUAUUGCAGAAGUUUUCAUACAUAUUUAUGUUAGGGCGUGUUUUAACUUUCAUAGAAGACAAAAUGCAGAAAAAAUACAACUUGGUCAAAAUUGAAAAGUGAAAUAAAACUAAUUUAAACCAGAGUAAUUCCAUAAACGAUGCACCUAGUUUUCGUUUGCCUUGGACAUAUCAUGGCACAUUUUUAUUGUCGCUGUUAUCCUUUGAAGAUACUGCAACAGAGAAUUGGGUUUUCUCAUUUGUAAACGUUCUGUGUGCCUUCAGGAAACUCGUUUGUAAGUUCAGGUUUGCUGCUAAUCAACCUAUGUAGACUAUAGACUGUUUCAAAAUUGGAGUAAUUUGUUCUACCGCGUAAAGACAAAUUGUAUUCGUUUAUUUAAAAUAAAAAUAUCCCACGUUUA